AAGAGUUUUUAAACCCUUUUUCAGCUGAAGGUGUGUGUGCUGCUCCUGGUGAGAGUUGAACUGCUCUGACCAGACUUUGUUCCUCCAAACACCCAUUUCCAGGGAUUUAACAGCAGAUUUUAUUUUAUCCCCGAGGGAACUGCUCUGGUUUACCACAUUUCUGGUAUUUCUGCUGAGGUUUUUUUCCUCAGGCUCAUGCACUCAGGUGCUAGCUCUGGUUGUUUGGGGGGUUUUCCUGUUCUUAAUUUUUCUGGAGUGUUUUCCACCUCUCCUUCCAGCUACUUCUGGAGUUUUUUUAACUCAGUUUUUCAUCUUCCUGGAGUGUUUUCCACCUCUCCAUCCAGCUGCUUCUGGGGUUCUUUUCCUCUGUUUUUUGUUUGUUUGUUUUUGUUGUUUUUUUGGUGGGUUUUUGUUGGGUUUUUUUUUGUUUGUUUGUUUUUCUUCUGGAGUGUUUUUUACAUCUCUUAUACAUGAUUCUGCCCUGCAGAUUUCUCUGUUCCCUUCGAGCAUCACCCUACCCCACUUCCCCACCUCCCUUUCCCCCAGUUUAAUCCCUCGGGUGAAGAAUCCCACCCUCAGCACGGAGCAAUCCCUAAAGGGCUGUUCUUUGCACCAUUUCCCACCUGGAAUUCUUGGAGGGUUUGCUGGAUAGGAGAGAGCAGAGCCACACUCCCAGGCUGGAGCUGAGCCUGUGCGAGCUGACGCUGAGGAUCCACCUCUUGGCAUCAGCUGCCAGGGCUUUUCCCAGGUGAAUCCCCACCUCCCCAAGCCGGGCAGGGCAGGGUGGGGCAGGGCAGGAGCAGCUCCUGUGCCUCCCCAGCAGCAAGGCAGGAGCAGGAGCAGCGCCAGCUGUGCCAUGAGUGAGGAGCAGGGCCGGCGGCUGGGCAGCCUGACCGUGUUCAGCAGGGAGGAUUUCGAGGAUGACUGGGUGCGAGUGGCCAGCGGGGGCUUUGGCCACGUGUACCAGGUGAAGCACAGGAGGUGGAGGACGGUCUAUGCAGUGAAGUGCUCCCCGUACCUGCUGCAGGACUCCAGCACGGACAGGACCAGCAUGAACUGUCUAAUGGAAGAGGCAAGCAAGAUGGAGAAAAUCAAAUUCCAGCACAUUGUCACCAUCUACGGGGUGUGCAACAGCCCUCUGGGGAUAGUGAUGGAAUACAUGGCCAGGGGGUCCUUGGAGAGAAUCCUUCCCACUCACAGGAUGUCCUGGCAGCUGAAAUUCCGGGUGAUCCAUGAGAUGGGCUUGGCCAUGAAUUUCCUGCACAGCAUGAACCCUCCUCUGCUGCACUUGGAUCUGAAGCCAGGGAAUGUUCUCCUGGAUGGCAACAUGCACGUCAAGAUCUCUGACUUUGGGCUGUCCAAGUGGAUGGAGCAGUCCAGCAGGAUGCAGUACAUCGAGAGCUCAGCUCUGAGGGGCACCCUGAGCUACAUCCCCCCCGAAAUGUUCCUGCAGAACAGCAAACCCCCGGGGAUCAAGUACGAUGUGUACAGCUUCGGGAUCGUCAUCUGGGAGGUGCUCAUGCAGAAGAAACCCUACACAGGGGCCAACAUGAUGGCCAUCAUCGUGAAGGUGGCAGCGGGGAAGAGGCCGGGGCUGGAGCUCGUCAGGGACGACUGGCCCGGGGAGUGCCACCAGAUGCUCGACCUGAUGAAGAGGUGCUGGGACCAGGACCCCAAGCAAAGGCCAAGCUUUGCAGAUAUCCCUGUGGAGACAGACGUGCUGCUGGCUCUGAUCCAGAGCCUGGUGCAGGAUCCGGAGAACGAGCGCCUGGUCAGGAAGAUGUCCCACAAACCACCCAUCUCCAGGAGCCAGCAGAGCGACAAAGAGGAGUUCGCCUUCCCCCGAGACAACAGGAGUGGGGGAAAGGACAAGCAGGAAGUUCCUGUCCCAGCUCCACGCAGGGAUCCCGGGAGCCGUGAAGAGCUGAGCAGGGAGCAGGAGAACGGCCUGACCUUGCUGCACCUGAUGGUGCUGCAGGGCAACGUGGGCAAGGUGCGCUUCUUGCUGGGCUGCAGGGCCGGCGUCAACAGCGCGGCAGGCUGCGGCUGCACCCCGCUGCUGGUGGCCGUGCAGCGGCGGCUCCCCGAGAUCUGCGCCCUCCUCAUCGAGCACGGCGCCCACGUCAACGCCGCCGACGAGGACGGCUGGACCCCGCUGCACUUCGCCGCCCAGCACGGCGACGACCGCACCGUGCGGCUGCUGCUGGACCACCAGGCGCGAGUGAACGCCCAGGAGCGCGACGGGUGGACCCCGCUGCACCUGGCGGCUCAGAACAACUUUGAGAACGUGGCGCGGGUGCUGCUGUCCCGCCAGGCCGAUUCCAACACGCAGGAGGUGGAUGGGAAGACCGCCCUGCACGUGGCCGCGUGUUUCGGGCACGUGGGCCUGGUCAAGCUGCUGGCCAGCCAGGGAGCCGACCUGGAGAGGAAGCAGAAGAACCUCAGGACGCCGCUGCACGUGGCCGUGGAGAGGGGCAAGUUCAGGGUGGUGCAGUACCUGCUGAAGAACGGCAUCUCCGUCAACAGCCUGGACCAGAACCACUACAGCGCCCUGCACCUGGCCGUGGCCAGGGGCAAGUACCUGAUCUGCGAGAAACUCAUCAAGUACGGGGCCAACGUGGAGCUGAGGACGGACAAAGGCUGGACCCCCCUGCACCUGGCCUCCUUCAAGGGGCACCUCGAGAUCAUCCGGCUGCUGAAGGGCAGCCACGCCCGGCUGGACGCCAAGGGCAGCAUGGACUGGACGCCCCUGCACCUGGCCACGCGCUACGGGGACGAGCCAGUGGUCAGCGAGCUGCUGCGCUGCGGGGCCGACCCCAACACGGCCGAGAGGUCCCACUGGGCCCCCCUGCACUUCGCCGUGCUCAGGGGCUCCUUCCUCAGCGUCAUCAACCUCCUGGAGCGCCAGGCCGACGUCAACGCCAGGAACAAGGUGGGCCGGACGCCGCUGCACCUGGCCGUGCUCAAGGGCAACAUGGCCAUCAUCAAGACCCUGCUGAAGGCAGGGGCUCUGCUGGAUGUGGAGGACAUCACAGGCUGCACGGCCCUGCAGCUGGCGGUCAGACACCAGCGGGACAACAUCAUCACCCUGCUCCAGGACUGGGAGUCCUCGGGGAGCAAACCCGGGAGCAGGACUCUGAGAGACGCCAACAUUCCCACAGCCAGGCUUACCCCGGGAAGGACAGAUUUGUAA